CCUCAAACUUUAUUACUUAGCUUAUUGUAUCCUCAUACUAAUAUCUCUUGUUUUCUAGUGACGAUGAAGCCGUCGAAGGAGGAGAGAGAGCAGUUUUACCUUGGAAUGGACAACUCUGAGGCGGAUCCUCCUGAGUUGAUUGCGCGAAGUUCGACUUUUCUGUUUCAGCCAUACACAAAAGCGAGCCAAGACGAGCCUGAAGAAUGGAUGAUGAAACGAAACAGCAGAUCGAUAUCUACCAUUGGCAACCAUAAGAUUGUGGAAAUAUACGACAGCAAAUUAAGGGCAAAGGUGCUGGAUAUUCUGUCUGAUAUACCAUGGAAGACUAUCGACAUCGUCCGCGUGGGUUGCAAAGACGACAAUGAUCACCCGCCUGUCGUUCUCAUCACAGCGGCUGCUAGCGGAGUUGACGAUGAUGAUGCCCAAGAUGCCGUUCAGAAGAUUCACGAAUUGAUGCUUGAACAUGACUUACCAGACGUUCAUGGGGAGAUGAAGACGGGCCAAGUCUUUGAACUGGAGAGGUACAAUUCUGGAGACCGCUACCCACUUGAGCUUGUCCGGGUGCUCAAGAUGGGAUAUAGCAUUAGCAAUGCGGAUUUGACCUUUGCGGGAUCAAUUUGCCUAUUUUUGAAGAUCGACGGCGUCCAUUAUGCUCUCACAUGCCAGCACGUGGUCACGUCGUCAGCAGAGGCAUUCACACCAGGAAAAGGCAAAGACUUGAUAUUGCAGCCGUCAAAGGGAGAUCUUCAAGACGAGGCAACAACACUCAACGGGCUCAUGGCGAAACCGCAAGCUUUUCUUGAAAAAUUCGAGGCUGACAAGCUAAAGUUUAAGAGAGAUGAGGCACCGCCGCCAGAGGCCACCCAGGAUCAGGCCGAUAUGUUUCAAAAACAGCUUGAUGGAUAUCGUAAGAGGAAGACCGCAAUGGAAUCCGCCAUGGCAGAAGUCAGCCUACCGUUUGGAACUUUAAUGCAUGCGCCAGGCAUCGCACCACACCCAACUACUAAUUUCAGGCGAGAUUGGGCCCUAAUCAAGUUAAAUGAAGAUAGAUUCCAGAGCCUACCACCGAAUGUCUUACCUCCAACCCACUUUUCAGACAAAGAAAGGGUCAUCAUAACGGAGAUAUAUAACGAGGCAUUCGAUCUCGAAUUUAAGAAUCCAGUGACUACGAUUCGGCCUCUAAAAGAGGUAAAAGGAGUUCUCGGCGGAUCAGGGCCCCCAGACCUUAAGGAUCAAGAAUCCCUCCGUGUAGUCAAGCACGGCAGAACCAGUGGAUGGACAAGCGGGUCACUUAAUGAAAUCCGGUCGGACUGCAGUUUAGAGGGACUAACUACGGAGUACUGUGUUGUUAAUGUGCCCGACCUAAAUCGCUUCUCCUAUGGAGGCGAUUCAGGAUCAUGCGUCCUCGAUCUCAAUGGCAGAAUUGUUGGGAUGUUACAUAGCGGCAAUGGGACAAAUGUGCGGUUCGGAGCAGAGAUUACGUAUGUUGCCCCCAUAGAAUGGCUGUUGCAGGAUAUCAAGGAGACUUUGGGAACGGAGAACAUCGUUAUUGAGAAGGGCGACAAGAAAGUUUAGAUCUGGCAGGUUACUUCGGCGUCGGAACUGGGAUGCUGUUGGGGAGUUUGCCUACAUGGGCCUAAUGAAAUAGAUGAUGAACGAAUACGAUACGCCUAGGACGGAUGAGAU